GAAAGACUCUCCCAAGUUUUUUCAAUCGCGUCAGUCAGCCAGUCAUUUUAACAGGGGUCGCCACGCGGCAGAAGUCAGACCCUCCCUUUAUUACCUACAUCGGUAUAGAGAGGUCUUUUUUUUCAUGAUUACAAUCUGAUACGAUACUGUACCACCCAAGCCUGAUAUCCAUAACUGCCGGCCAGCGAUCUUGAGGAUUUUCAUCAUCGUUUCUAUCUCACCCCGGAUUUCGAGAUUCCCCAGAUUCGUAUCGUACGUUCCGAAGCAAUGGUCUUGUAAAUUCCCCUUUUUCGAGUCUUUGCGCGUUGCUCCUUUGUCGCUCGUUACACCCCUACCAACCCGCACCGCAAACUCAACUAAAGUCACACGAUGCCUCAUUCAACGAGCUCCGGCUCCUACGCCCGAGAUCCCUCCGUCCCGCGACCCAGCGCCAAGAAUCCGGAUGACUAUGAAAGCGACGCCGGUUCCGGUCUUGAGAAAUUCCCAGAUCAUAUCGACUCUCCUGCAAUGCGCGCCAAUGGUGCAAGAUCAUCAAGUCCCGCCGGAUUAAACGCAUAUGGUAUCGGAUUGAGUGGAGGGGCUCAGAUUAAUGGAGAUCGCUGGCAACCACGAAGAGACCUUUCUGCAUCUCGGGGUGUAAGAUUUGGUUCUCCAUUGGGUCCGUCGGCUGGUGUCCCUCGAGGUCAUGGACGACAGAAGAGCAUUAGUGAAGCCUUCCGAACCAUCAGGGAUAGAAAUGGCAGUGUUAGCCAGAAUGCGCACGAGUUAGCAGAUGCACUGCGGGCACCUAUAUCCCCUAAGCUCAUUAUCCUCUGCAUAAUGUGGUACAUGUCCUCUGCCCUGACCAAUACAUCUUCGAAAUCGAUCCUAAAUGCAUUCGAUAAACCUGCCACCUUGACCAUGAUCCAAUUCUUCUUGGUCGCCUUUUACUGCAUUACUUCUUCAUGGCUGGCAUCUGUAUUCCCGACCCUUCGAGAGUCGAUCCCAGCCUUGAAGAACCCCAUUCGAUAUCCAUCUAGAGAUGUUAUCACAACUACUCUCCCACUAGCGGCGUUCCAGAUAGGUGGACAUCUACUAAGUUCGACAGCGACCUCUAAGAUUCCGGUUUCUAUGGUCCAUACCGUAAAGGGGCUUUCACCCCUAUUUACUGUUUUCGCCUACCGAUUCAUCUUCAACAUUCGAUACCCGAAAGCGACAUAUUACUCCUUGAUACCGCUCACCUUAGGUGUGAUGCUAGCAUGCUCCUCCAACCAUUCUUUUAAGGGAGAGAUACUUGGAAUCAUCUAUGCACUACUUGCAACCAUCAUCUUCGUCACACAGAACAUUUUCUCGAAGAGACUAUUUAACGAAGCUGCCAAAGCAGAAGCAGACGGCCAAUCAGCAAAAUCCCGCAAGCUUGACAAGCUUAACCUUCUGUGUUAUUCCUCUGGGCUAGCUUUCCUCUUGACAUCGCCGAUAUGGUUCUGGAGUGAAGGCGUCGGUCUCGUGAGAGAUGUCUACCAUGAUGGUUCAGUGGAUCUUUCCACACAUCCAAACAGCUUUGACCACGGACGACUAACACUUGAGUUUUUAUUCAACGGCACCUUUCACUUCGGACAAAAUAUCUUGGCAUUUGUCUUGCUAUCGCUUGUGUCUCCAGUCACUUACUCAGUCGCAUCAUUAAUCAAGCGGGUGUGGGUUAUUGUGGUAGCGAUAUUGUGGUUCCGCAACCCUACAACCCCAAUUCAAGCAGUGGGUAUUACGCUGACAUUCCUUGGCCUCUAUCUGUACGACCGAACAAGCGAUAGCAACAAAGCCGAUCGCCGCGCACGUUUCAUGAGCCAAAAUACACGAGAUCAGCCAUUGCUACCCCUCAACACCAAUCAAGGACCCGCGGGCUCAGCCGUGCAAACGCCACAAGUAUUCGAGAGCCCGAUGCCUGUAUCUAACGGAUCGACACCUCACCCGUAUACUAAUGGUUAUUCUACGCAAACAAGCGGUGGUACCGAGGACUUUAAGAAAAGUGAUGACGUUGGCAAGGGGCGACAGAGAGGGAGCAGCAAUGCAGCUUGGUUACCGCCUGGUACCAAGCAAGAGGAGACUUGGAGAUAUGAGGAUAGGGUUAGUGUUCGAUAAGUAAUAGGCUCCCUUCACUCAGGGUCAACAAAGACAGAUAGGUUAUGACACAUCGGAGGAUACGUAUAGAAGGGCGAAUCUUUUUUCUUUGCAACGAGGGAUGAACAGUGCUAGUGCAUCUAGGCUAAUGAGGAGCUGCCGUCGCUGUCGUCAUCUUGUACAUAAAAUGUUAAGGAUUAAGGGCUAGGAACUUCAUGGCAUAAAGUGGACAGGAGUUGGAAUGCGACUGAUUUUUCAAUUGUCUAUAUAAGAACAUCAUCUUGCAAGUUAAUGGCGUGUGGUCCUUUUGCACGGGAGUUAAAGGUUUAGAUAUUCUUGUAAGGGGCAUAGAAUACCAGCUUCAUCCUAGACUGGAUCUAGAUUGGAUCGAGUCGGUUAUCUUGGGGAAUAGACAUAGAAGAAGGUGGAUUUGGUACGUUUGAGCUUAUAUACUCGCAUGAAGUAUAUUUAUGAGCUUAAUAGCUUUCUGUAAAUAAUGUUAAAAGCCAAUUGCUUAAAUUUAACUCCUGGAAUAACCGUUGAAA